ACAAAGUCAAUUAUAAAGUCGACGUCCUGCGCGACUAAGCCAGUCUCGAACGCCAUUCAAAACACCGCUGCCGAUGCGCCAGCCGCGUCAAAAGAUACCAAAAACAAAAAUCGAUUUGGGAUCCAUCGCGAUUCGGAGUCCGGGCACGCACAGCGCCCUAGGCCGGCCGCCGCGACGCGCCACUGACACAUUUCUGUGGUUACGCGCGCCGUUUGAAUUUAGAAUACCGCUUUUAGUUUUCGAAUUGUUUUUUUUUAUCGGUGAAGUGCCUGUGAAUUUGGUUUUUGGUGACUUUUUUGCGAGAUGGAGUUACGAUUCAAGUCCGGGAUGUCGUUUCUGACCUACUGGAUCUUUGUUUUACAAAUGCUGGGGAGCCCAUACCGCGGCGCCGAAGGCCACGGCAGACUGAUGGACCCGCCGGCGCGCAACUCUAUGUGGCGGUUCGGCUUCCCCAACCCUGUCAACUAUAACGACAACGAACUCUUCUGCGGGGGCUACGCCGUCCAGGGGGAACAAAAUUCAGGCCGCUGCGGUGUGUGCGGCGACGCGCAUCAUCUCUCCGAACAUAGGCCCCAUGAGGCCGGAGGCAUGUUUGGGAAAGGGAUCAUCACGCAGCACUACAGUGUUGGACAGGAAAUCGAAGUGGAGAUCGAACUGACGGCCAAUCACCUGGGCACAUUCGUGAUGAAACUAUGUCCAAACAACAACCCUAAUCAGGAAGCUACGCAAGAAUGUUUUGACAGGUACCCCCUCGUAGUAUCCGGUACUCGCGAGGACCGCUUCCUGAUCCCCCUGGACACGGCCAAGAAGGAAGUCUUCCGGUACCGCGUCGGCCUGCCCGCUUACGUCACUUGCACUCAGUGUGUGUUGCAGUGGACUUAUUAUACCGGAAACAUGUGGGGCAUCUGCCCAAACGGCACGGAGGCCGUGGGCUGCGGGCGUUCCGAGACUUUCCGGAACUGCGCCGACAUCAGCAUCAUAACGAGCACCGGAGGCCUGCCGCCGGCCUUCGCUGGCGACUUCCGGAGGGACAACCCCUUCCUGCUGUAUUAUAGGGACGCGUACCGGCCGCAGAACCUGUACCCGUUGGUUGUGAGCAACGAUAUUUCGGAUAGCGACGAAGAUUUCGUCCCUCAAGUUAUUAGGGACCAAGUCUGCGUGCCCUCGCCUGCGUACCGCGUGCUGCCUGGUAUGCAGAAUUGGUGUCAGACCAACUGUCUUCGGUAUCCUCCUAAUUGUCCCGAGGCUCUGUGCUCAUGCCCACAAACUUGCGAAGCCAUCGGGGAGCUGGAAGGGAGAGAGGGCGCUGACGUCUACUGCCUGGACCAAUGCAUCGUCUACCCGUCGCGCUGCCCCGCCGACAGAUGUCGCUGUUAUUAACCAGCAAAACUUUUAGGACCGUCAA